AUGCUUGCAAUAGCUGGGAUGUUUCAGAGUGACCGCCCAGUGACAUACUGCAGAGAUAACACGGAUGUGCCUAUCCUACGCCUGUGGUUAGAUGUCGAGUUGGAGACCAGACAGGAUUUCAGAUUAUCGCGGCAGGCCAUGCAUUCCCUACAGCGUCUAAUGAAGAGAGAGCAGAACCAUGGUUGGGGAAAUGAAUAUGAAGUCCUCGUCUACGUCUACUGGCUUGCCCAUCGUCUUUCCUACCGUGUGGUGUCCAGAGUUUUCAGUAUUCCCAAAUCAACCAUUCACAGGAUUGUUCACAGAGUGGCACAGUUAUUUUGGGACAAUCUAAAUAGAGCCAUCAGUUUUCCAAAGCCUGCAGACAUCGACACUGUGGCAUUCUUCUUCCUCUUCCUUGGCGAUGGGUUUGGCGUGGUAGACAGGGUGGUGGAUGGAGUAGCUGGAAUGAUGGAAGAGGCUGUGGUGGAUGGUGUAGUUGGAUUGGUCGAAGAGGUUGUGGUUGGAGUGGGAGGAUUGUUUGAAGAGGCUGUGGUUGGACUGACAGGCGGUGUAGUGGGAGGAUUGAGAUCAGAAGAUCACAACCCUGUCCCCUCGCGUCACCAGUACUCCUGGCAAAAGAACCGGGACGAUCAAAGGAGCUCCUCCCGCGCGGCGCUCUUUGACGGCCUCCCUUGUGAGCCAUGGACACUAUCACACCCCCGGACGGAGGGACAAUUGCGAACCGAGUUAGUCUACCGGAACAACGGGGGGGGGGGGGGGGGGGGGGGGGGGGGGGGGGGGGGGGGGGGGGGGGGGGGGGGGGGGGGGGGGGGGGGGGGGGGGGGGGGGGGGGGGGGGGGGGGGGGGGGGGGGGGGGGGGGGGGGGGGGGGGGGGGGGGGGGGGGGGGGGGGGGGGGGGGGGGGGGGGGGGGGGGGGGGGGGGGGGGGGGGGGGGGGGGGGGGGGGGGGGGGGGGGGGGGGGGGGGGGGGGGGGGGGGGGGGGGGGGGGGGGGGGGGGGGGGGGGGGGGGGGGGGGGGGGGGGGGGGGGGGGGGGGGGGGGGGGGGGGGGGGGGGGGGGGGGGGGGGGGGGGGGGGGGGGGGGGGGGGGGGGGGGGGGGGGGGGGGGGGGGGGGGGGGGGGGGGGGGGGGGGGGGGGGGGGGGGGGGGGGGGGGGGGGGGGGGGGGGGGGGGGGGGGGGGGGGGGGGGGGGGGGGGGGGGGGGGGGGGGGGGGGGGGGGGGGGGGGGGGGGGGGGGGGGGGGGGGGGGGGGGGGGGGGGGGGGGGGGGGGGGGGGGGGGGGGGGGGGGGGGGGGGGGGGGGGGGGGGGGGGGGGGGGGGGGGGGGGGGGGGGGGGGGGGGGGGGGGGGGGGGGGGGGGGGGGGGGGGGGGGGGGGGGGGGGGGGGGGGGGGGGGGGGGGGGGGGGGGGGGGGGGGGGGGGGGGGGGGGGGGGGGGGGGGGGGGGGGGGGGGGGGGGGGGGGGGGGGGGGGGGGGGGGGGGGGGGGGGGGGGGGGGGGGGGGGGGGGGGGGGGGGGGGGGGGGGGGGGGGGGGGGGGGGGGGGGGGGGGGGGGGGGGGGGGGGGGGGGGGGGGGGGGGGGGGGGGGGGGGGGGGGGGGGGGGGGGGGGGGGGGGGGGGGGGGGGGGGGGGGGGGGGGGGGGGGGGGGGGGGGGGGGGGGGGGGGGGGGGGGGGGGGGGGGGGGGGGGGGGGGGGGGGGGGGGGGGGGGGGGGGGGGGGGGGGGGGGGGGGGGGGGGGGGGGGGGGGGGGGGGGGGGGGGGGGGGGGGGGGGGGGGGGGGGGGGGGGGGGGGGGGGGGGGGGGGGGGGGGGGGGGGGGGGGGGGGGGGGGGGGGGGGGGGGGGGGGGGGGGGGGGGGGGGGGGGGGGGGGGGGGGGGGGGGGGGGGGGGGGGGGGGGGGGGGGGGGGGGGGGGGGGGGGGGGGGGGGGGGGGGGGGGGGUGGGGGGGGGGGGGGGGGGGGGGGGGGGGGGGGGGGGGGGGGGGGGGGGGGGGGGGGGGGGGGGGGGGGGGGGGGGGGGGGGGGGGGGGGGGGGGGGGGGGGGGGGGGGGGGGGGGGGGGGGGGGGGGGGGGGGGGGGGGGGGGGGGGGGGGGGGGGGGGGGGGGGGGGGGGGGGGGGGGGGGGGGGGGGGGGGGGGGGGGGGGGGGGGGGGGGGGGGGGGGGGGGGGGGGGGGGGGGGGGGGGGGGGGGGGGGGGGGGGGGGGGGGGGGGGGGGGGGGGGGGGGGGGGGGGGGGGGGGGGGGGGGGGGGGGGGGGGGGGGGGGGGGGGGGGGGGGGGGGGGGGGGGGGGGGGGGGGGGGGGGGGGGGGGGGGGGGGGGGGGGGGGGGGGGGGGGGGGGGGGGGGGGGGGGGGGGGGGGGGGGGGGGGGGGGGGGGGGGGGGGGGGGGGGGGGGGGGGGGGGGGGGGGGGGGGGGGGGGGGGGGGGGGGGGGGGGGGGGGGGGGGGGGGGGGGGGGGGGGGGGGGGGGGGGGGGGGGGGGGGGGGGGGGGGGGGGGGGGGGGGGGGGGGGGGGGGGGGGGGGGGGGGGGGGGGGGGGGGGGGGGGGGGGGGGGGGGGGGGGGGGGGGGGGGGGGGGGGGGGGGGGGGGGGGGGGGGGGGGGGGGGGGGGGGGGGGGGGGGGGGGGGGGGGGGGGGGGGGGGGGGGGGGGGGGGGGGGGGGGGGGGGGGGGGGGGGGGGGGGGGGGGGGGGGGGGGGGGGGGGGGGGGGGGGGGGGGGGGGGGGGGGGGGGGGGGGGGGGGGGGGGGGGGGGGGGGGGGGGGGGGGGGGGGGGGGGGGGGGGGGGGGGGGGGGGGGGGGGGGGGGGGGGGGGGGGGGGGGGGGGGGGGGGGGGGGGGGGGGGGGGGGGGGGGGGGGGGGGGGGGGGGGGGGGGGGGGGGGGGGGGGGGGGGGGGGGGGGGGGGGGGGGGGGGGGGGGGGGGGGGGGGGGGGGGGGGGGGGGGGGGGGGGGGGGGGGGGGGGGGGGGGGGGGGGGGGGGGGGGGGGGGGGGGGGGGGGGGGGGGGGGGGGGGGGGGGGGGGGGGGGGGGGGGGGGGGGGGGGGGGGGGGGGGGGGGGGGGGGGGGGGGGGGGGGGGGGGGGGGGGGGGGGGGGGGGGGGGGGGGGGGGGGGGGGGGGGGGGGGGGGGGGGGGGGGGGGGGGGGGGGGGGGGGGGGGGGGGGGGGGGGGGGGGGGGGGGGGGGGGGGGGGGGGGGGGGGGGGGGGGGGGGGGGGGGGGGGGGGGGGGGGGGGGGGGGGGGGGGGGGGGGGGGGGGGGGGGGGGGGGGGGGGGGGGGGGGGGGGGGGGGGGGGGGGGGGGGGGGGGGGGGGGGGGGGGGGGGGGGGGGGGGGGGGGGGGGGGGGGGGGGGGGGGGGGGGGGGGGGGGGGGGGGGGGGGGGGGGGGGGGGGGGGGGGGGGGGGGGGGGGGGGGGGGGGGGGGGGGGGGGGGGGGGGGGGGGGGGGGGGGGGGGGGGGGGGGGGGGGGGGGGGGGGGGGGGGGGGGGGGGGGGGGGGGGGGGGGGGGGGGGGGGGGGGGGGGGGGGGGGGGGGGGGGGGGGGGGGGGGGGGGGGGGGGGGGGGGGGGGGGGGGGGGGGGGGGGGGGGGGGGGGGGGGGGGGGGGGGGGGGGGGGGGGGGGGGGGGGGGGGGGGGGGGGGGGGGGGGGGGGGGGGGGGGGGGGGGGGGGGGGGGGGGGGGGGGGGGGGGGGGGGGGGGGGGGGGGGGGGGGGGGGGGGGGGGGGGGGGGGGGGGGGGGGGGGGGGGGGGGGGGGGGGGGGGGGGGGGGGGGGGGGGGGGGGGGGGGGGGGGGGGGGGGGGGGGGGGGGGGGGGGGGGGGGGGGGGGGGGGGGGGGGGGGGGGGGGGGGGGGGGGGGGGGGGGGGGGGGGGGGGGGGGGGGGGGGGGGGGGGGGGGGGGGGGGGGGGGGGGGGGGGGGGGGGGGGGGGGGGGGGGGGGGGGGGGGGGGGGGGGGGGGGGGGGGGGGGGGGGGGGGGGGGGGGGGGGGGGGGGGGGGGGGGGGGGGGGGGGGGGGGGGGGGGGGGGGGGGGGGGGGGGGGGGGGGGGGGGGGGGGGGGGGGGGGGGGGGGGGGGGGGGGGGGGGGGGGGGGGGGGGGGGGGGGGGGGGGGGGGGGGGGGGGGGGGGGGGGGGGGGGGGGGGGGGGGGGGGGGGGGGGGGGGGGGGGGGGGGGGGGGGGGGGGGGGGGGGGGGGGGGGGGGGGGGGGGGGGGGGGGGGGGGGGGGGGGGGGGGGGGGGGGGGGGGGGGGGGGGGGGGGGGGGGGGGGGGGGGGGGGGGGGGGGGGGGGGGGGGGGGGGGGGGGGGGGGGGGGGGGGGGGGGGGGGGGGGGGGGGGGGGGGGGGGGGGGGGGGGGGGGGGGGGGGGGGGGGGGGGGGGGGGGGGGGGGGGGGGGGGGGGGGGGGGGGGGGGGGGGGGGGGGGGGGGGGGGGGGGGGGGGGGGGGGGGGGGGGGGGGGGGGGGGGGGGGGGGGGGGGGGGGGGGGGGGGGGGGGGGGGGGGGGGGGGGGGGGGGGGGGGGGGGGGGGGGGGGGGGGGGGGGGGGGGGGGGGGGGGGGGGGGGGGGGGGGGGGGGGGGGGGGGGGGGGGGGGGGGGGGGGGGGGGGGGGGGGGGGGGGGGGGGGGGGGGGGGGGGGGGGGGGGGGGGGGGGGGGGGGGGGGGGGGGGGGGGGGGGGGGGGGGGGGGGGGGGGGGGGGGGGGGGGGGGGGGGGGGGGGGGGGGGGGGGGGGGGGGGGGGGGGGGGGGGGGGGGGGGGGGGGGGGGGGGGGGGGGGGGGGGGGGGGGGGGGGGGGGGGGGGGGGGGGGGGGGGGGGGGGGGGGGGGGGGGGGGGGGGGGGGGGGGGGGGGGGGGGGGGGGGGGGGGGGGGGGGGGGGGGGGGGGGGGGGGGGGGGGGGGGGGGGGGGGGGGGGGGGGGGGGGGGGGGGGGGGGGGGGGGGGGGGGGGGGGGGGGGGGGGGGGGGGGGGGGGGGGGGGGGGGGGGGGGGGGGGGGGGGGGGGGGGGGGGGGGGGGGGGGGGGGGGGGGGGGGGGGGGGGGGGGGGGGGGGGGGGGGGGGGGGGGGGGGGGGGGGGGGGGGGGGGGGGGGGGGGGGGGGGGGGGGGGGGGGGGGGGGGGGGGGGGGGGGGGGGGGGGGGGGGGGGGGGGGGGGGGGGGGGGGGGGGGGGGGGGGGGGGGGGGGGGGGGGGGGGGGGGGGGGGGGGGGGGGGGGGGGGGGGGGGGGGGGGGGGGGGGGGGGGGGGGGGGGGGGGGGGGGGGGGGGGGGGGGGGGGGGGGGGGGGGGGGGGGGGGGGGGGGGGGGGGGGGGGGGGGGGGGGGGGGGGGGGGGGGGGGGGGGGGGGGGGGGGGGGGGGGGGGGGGGGGGGGGGGGGGGGGGGGGGGGGGGGGGGGGGGGGGGGGGGGGGGGGGGGGGGGGGGGGGGGGGGGGGGGGGGGGGGGGGGGGGGGGGGGGGGGGGGGGGGGGGGGGGGGGGGGGGGGGGGGGGGGGGGGGGGGGGGGGGGGGGGGGGGGGGGGGGGGGGGGGGGGGGGGGGGGGGGGGGGGGGGGGGGGGGGGGGGGGGGGGGGGGGGGGGGGGGGGGGGGGGGGGGGGGGGGGGGGGGGGGGGGGGGGGGGGGGGGGGGGGGGGGGGGGGGGGGGGGGGGGGGGGGGGGGGGGGGGGGGGGGGGGGGGGGGGGGGGGGGGGGGGGGGGGGGGGGGGGGGGGGGGGGGGGGGGGGGGGGGGGGGGGGGGGGGGGGGGGGGGGGGGGGGGGGGGGGGGGGGGGGGGGGGGGGGGGGGGGGGGGGGGGGGGGGGGGGGGGGGGGGGGGGGGGGGGGGGGGGGGGGGGGGGGGGGGGGGGGGGGGGGGGGGGGGGGGGGGGGGGGGGGGGGGGGGGGGGGGGGGGGGGGGGGGGGGGGGGGGGGGGGGGGGGGGGGGGGGGGGGGGGGGGGGGGGGGGGGGGGGGGGGGGGGGGGGGGGGGGGGGGGGGGGGGGGGGGGGGGGGGGGGGGGGGGGGGGGGGGGGGGGGGGGGGGGGGGGGGGGGGGGGGGGGGGGGGGGGGGGGGGGGGGGGGGGGGGGGGGGGGGGGGGGGGGGGGGGGGGGGGGGGGGGGGGGGGGGGGGGGGGGGGGGGGGGGGGGGGGGGGGGGGGGGGGGGGGGGGGGGGGGGGGGGGGGGGGGGGGGGGGGGGGGGGGGGGGGGGGGGGGGGGGGGGGGGGGGGGGGGGGGGGGGGGGGGGGGGGGGGGGGGGGGGGGGGGGGGGGGGGGGGGGGGGGGGGGGGGGGGGGGGGGGGGGGGGGGGGGGGGGGGGGGGGGGGGGGGGGGGGGGGGGGGGGGGGGGGGGGGGGGGGGGGGGGGGGGGGGGGGGGGGGGGGGGGGGGGGGGGGGGGGGGGGGGGGGGGGGGGGGGGGGGGGGGGGGGGGGGGGGGGGGGGGGGGGGGGGGGGGGGGGGGGGGGGGGGGGGGGGGGGGGGGGGGGGGGGGGGGGGGGGGGGGGGGGGGGGGGGGGGGGGGGGGGGGGGGGGGGGGGGGGGGGGGGGGGGGGGGGGGGGGGGGGGGGGGGGGGGGGGGGGGGGGGGGGGGGGGGGGGGGGGGGGGGGGGGGGAUGGGCCGUAUGGAAGUUGAGGGUCGGGUAGUGUUCGUGUUUUUAGUCGGGGGAGUAGGAGGAUUCAUUGGUGGGUGGGUUGGGUUGGUUGGGCGGGGGGUGUACCACCGUAAGUACCACCGUAAGUACCACCGUAAGUACCACCGUAAGUACCCCUGUAAGUACCACCGUAAGUACCACUGUAAGUACCACCGUAAGUACCACCGUAAGUACCACCGUAAGUACCACCGUAAGUACCCCUGUAAGUACCACCGUAAGUACCACCGUAAGUACCACCGUAAGUACCACCGUAAGUACCACUGUAAGUACCACCGUAAGUACCACUGUAAGUACCACCGUAAGUACCACCGUAAGUACCACCGUAAGUACCACCGUAAGUACCACCGUAAGUACCACCGUAAGUACCACCGUAAGUACCUAGAAGUACCACUGUAA